GUACGCGCCGGAGCAGGGUGAGGAGAUGGCGGAUGAGGAGGCCGAGCAGGAUCCUGGUCCUGUGGAUAGUGUUCGUGAAACGACUGAAGAACUCCGAAAACGACUGGAAGAGUUACACGGUGUGCUGAGAGACGGUACCGGUUCUGCGGUCCUGUCCUCCUCGGAGUACUGUCAGCAGUUCUGCACGAUCCUGUUGGAAUUUGCAGGCCGUUGGAGGAUAGAGGAAGAACCUUUACCUGUGGUUCAGGUGUACAUCGUUGCUCUGUUGAGUUACGCUGAGGCUGCUCCAUUCCUCUCCCUUCAGUGUGAAAACGUUUCUCUUGUAGUUGAGAGACUAUCUCUGAGCUUCCUAGAGCUUCUGCUCUCACUGGCGGAUGUUCCAGAUGAUUUAUGGAAACAAGUUAAGUCUUCUGUGCAGUUUGCACACGAGAAACUUCAGGAGAAUGGACUCUUGCAGCUCGCUCUGCUGUCUACUCUGGCUCAGAGUGACGGUGUUUGGACCAACAGAAUCCUGCAGGGAGUUCUGCUCAACCAGGACCUACAGUCAGAACAAGUGGAAGAGUUCCUGCUGCAGGAGGGUCCUGUCCUGUUGCAGAUGAGAGUGAAGCAGUUGAUGAAGGAAAAACAAAUGGAGAAGGCUGCUUUUCUCUCAAAGGCCUGCUCUGAGUCAUCUGGCCUCCAAGGGAAGGAAGCUUUCAGGCAGAUGUACCUGGUGUGUCUUUGUGCUACUUCAGAACAGGAUCAGCUCAUGGAGAAGCUUUCCAAGGAGGACUGUCGUGAUGCUCUGGAAAUGAUCUGUAACCUGGACUCAGAUGGAGAUGACCAAGCAGCAUUCAGUUUAUGUUCUGCCUUCUUGACCCGUCAGCUUCUUCAUGGAGACACUUACUGUGCUUGGGAACUGACUCUGUUUUGGAGCAAGUUGUUGAAGCGAUUGGAGCCAUCGGACCAGGCCUUCCUCGACAGAUGUCGUCAGAUGUCCCUUGUAUCCAAAUCAGUCUACCACAUCUUGUUCCUGAUCAAGGUUGUCCAGUCAGAGAUUACCCAUGUUGGCCUCUCAUUGUGCAUCGAAAUGUGCAUCAGGGCUCUAAGAAUCAAAUCAGAAGAUGACAAGGCAAAAGGCUCUGUGUAUAAAACCAUUUCCUGUUUGCUUCCAUCUGACUUGGAGGUAAAGCGAGCCUGUCAGUUGACAGAGUUUCUUCUGGAACCCACGGUAGAUGCAUUCUAUGCUGUGGAGAGUCUUUACAAUGAACCUGAUCAAAAACUAGAGGAGGAGAAUAUGCCGAUUCCAAACUCUCUACGGUGUGAGCUUUUACUGGUAUUAAAAACGCAGUGGCCCUUUGACCCAGAGUUUUGGGACUGGAAAACACUGAAACGUCAUUGCCUGGCUUUAAUGGGUGAAGAAGCUUCAAUAGUUUCAUCCAUUGACUUGCUAAAUGAGCCUGAGGAAGAGGAAGACUACAUGAGUUCUAAGGAUUUUAUGCCAGACCACAUGUUCAGUGGCACAAAUGACCUGGAAAUUACUGCAAAAGAUAAAGUGAAAAAUCGAGAAAUGAAGAAACUAAAGAACAAAAAUUUUACAUCAACUCAGUUCAGGAACUGGCAGGUCUACAUGCAGUACUGUGUGCUCUGUGACAAAGAGUUUCUGGGUCACAGGAUUGUCCGACAUGCUCAGAUUCAUCUAAGCAAUGGGAUAUACAGCUGUCCAAUAUGCGCUCAAACCUUUACCUCAAAAGACACUUUGAUUCCUCAUGUAACGUUACAUGUUAAACAGUCUUGCAAGGAAAGACUGACUGCAAUGAAAACAAACAAGUCACUGGCUUGUCCUGAAACAUCUGCCUCUCGCGUUGCAGCAUUAAAGAUCAGCUCCUACAAUAAACCUCACAAAAAAAGUUUGUUACAGCAGAAUGGAGCUGCAGCACCACGUGUUMGUUCAAAAGAAGUCAGCUGUCGUGCAGAGAUUAAUGAAGACAACUUGUGCCCAGUUGGACAAUGCAGAAAAAACUUCAAGUUUUUAAAAAAUCUUAUUGCGCAUGUUAAAGAUCAUGGCGAUGACGAGGAGGCAAAGACUUUCCUUGAAAUGCUGAGCAAGAAGGUUGUGUGUCAGUACUGUCGUCGUCAUUUUAUUAGUGUCACUCAUCUUAACGAUCAUCUACAGGUUCACUGUGGUGUAAAGCCUUACAUAUGUGUACAGCUGAAGUGCAAGGCUAGUUUCCUGUCUUACACUGAACUCCUCGUUCAUAAGAGAAAACACACAUCUUUCAAGGCCCGUUGCAUGUUUCCAAACUGUGGUAAAAUUUUUGAUGCUGCUUUUAGACUGUAUGACCAUGAGGCUCAUCAUUAUAAAACUUUUACCUGUAAAGUUACAGAUUGCGAUAAGGUGUUUCAUUCACAACAGCAGCUGGAUUUACAUCGUGAGAAACAUGAUGAGCAUCAAGAAAAAAGUUCAUCUCCUAAUCCAUCUUUGACAGCGUCAAAUUUGGACCCCCCACCCACUAAACAAAUGGCUUCCGACAUCUCUGCCCAGAAACAAGGGGAUUUCCAACAAAAUACUGCUGCUCGUAAAACAGAUCAUGGAGUACCAUCAAAUUCUUUUGAGGAUUUACUGGAAGCUCAAAUGGAAUCUGCAGAAACAUUAAAACCACCUAAGAACACAGUUUCUCCAAACAGUCAAAUGUACAACUCUAAUAACUCUGUCAUUCAGUCUGUGCAUUCCCAUUUGGCAGCUCUUAACAAACACAAAGAGGAUUUUGAUCCCUUGGGUUGUAUGGCACCACCCCAGAAAGAUCCUUCAGUACGUCUGUUUAAAGACAAAAAUAUCCCACAAAAACAUCCACAAACAUUCAAUGUAAAUGAUGCAGUGAUUAGUUACAGCUCUGACUCUAACCUACCCUUAAAAAUUUCACGAAAGGCAGUGUCUUGUAGGAACGUCUUAGCAGUAUCACUGUCUCGAAUUCCUACAGAUCCCUCAAUGUCGCAACCAAAGUCUCAAAUUCCUGCAAAUGCAACAUCACGAGCAAUGUCUCGAGUUCCUACAGACCCUUCAUUGUCACAGUCAGUGUCUCGAGUUCCUACAGAUCCAUCAUUGUCACAGUCAAUGUCUCAAGUUCCUACAGAGCCAUCAGUGUUGCAACAUAUUUCUCGACCUUCUAAAGAUCCAUCAUUAUGUCAUCCACUGUCUCAAACCCCUACAGAUCCAACAAUGUCGCAAUUAAUAUCUCGAUAUCCCAGAGAUCCAACAAUGUCACAACCAAUGUCUCGAUAUCCCAGAGAUCCAACAAUGUCACAACCAGUGUCUCGAUAUCCCAGAGAUCCAACAAUGUCACAAUCAAUGUCUCAAUAUCCUAUAGAUCCAACAAUGUCACAGCUUACGUCUCAACUUUCUACAGACUCGGCAGUGUCACAACUGAAAUAUCAGUUUCCUACAGAUGCGACAAUGUCACAACUGUUGACUCAAAAUUGCACAGAACCAACAAUGUCAAGAUCAUUGUCCCAAAUUCCUACAAACCCAACAAUGUCACCACCAUUGUCUCAAACUUCUACAGAUCCAGCARUAUCACAACCAACAUCUCGAUAUUUUACAGAUCGAACUGUGUCGCAACAGAUAAAUCAAAGUUCUAUGGAUCCAAUGGCACAACCAUUGUCUCGAACAUUUACAGGUCCAACAAUGUCACAACCUUUAUCUUUAACUCCUGCAGAUCCAACAAUGCCACAAUCACUGUCUCAAACUUCUACAGAUCCAACAAUGUCACAACCACUUCCACCGACUGCGAGUCCUCAGCAACUACCUGCAAGCAAACUUGAGAACUCAUUAAAGUCAUCAGACAUCAUGGGUCCCUCUUUAACUCAGAAGCAGAGAUUUCACUGUGCAUUUGGGACAUGUGCAAGACAAUACAGCUCCUACAGAAGUGUUACCAAGCACAUGAAAGCAGUUCACCCAGACUUCUACGAGCAAUGGAGAGUUGCUCCGACUGAGAUCAUUAUAAGCUAUGUUUCAGCUCGGGUUGCACCAUCUAAGCCUAAAAACAAGCAAGCCAGCAUGGUUCCAGCUCAUAGAGGUAAGAGGCAGAAUUUUUUCCAGUCACAACCUUAUUCUAACAGCAGCUCAAACCAUCCUUCAGUUGCCCCACAGUCUCCUCAUUCACUUCCACACAACUUGAACGGUUCUCUGCUCUUGGCUAAUGUUUUGAAUCCUAUUGUUCUUUCCCAAUUAGGGACAGACAUAAAUCCAGUACCACAAUCUCAGGAUUCAGGCAGUAAAAUGUGUCACUCUACUGGACAUGAACCAGCUCAGAACUGUGGCUCUUCCCCAGUGUUUCCAUCUAAUCAGCAAGGGAUGCCACUGGCCAAUUCUUCUGGUUCUAUUGCCCCACACGCUGUCCCAUUGUGCUCCAUGAUGAGAUCAACUGUAAAUUUACCAGAGUCCUCACUGUCACAACCUAACCUUCGACCACAGUCUGUUAGUCCAUCAUGCAUUAAAAGUGCACACAAAGUGUCCCAACAUGUCCAAUCCCCUCCCAAAUGCACAUCACUAAUGCAAAGCAGUUUAGUCUCUGUUUCCAGGACAUCAGCAAAAAUAAAGCCUGAGCAGCUCAGUUUCUCUGUGGAGGAAAACCAAAAGAACCAAACUCAAUAUGGUACAGACAUCUCUGGAUAUGGUCCAGAGAAUCCAGCCAGAAAACCCACAAGAACAAAAUGUCCAGCAAUUGUUACAAAUGGUAAAUUUGUUUGCCGACGAUGUUUCAGGGAGUUUGAUAGUCAUAGAUCUCUUGGGGGCCAUUUAUCCAAGAAAACUAGUUGUAAACCAUAUCAAGAGUUGGAGUUAAAUACGAACCUGCCACCGUCGUUUCUAGAUUUUCUCAAUUCAGAGCCAGCUGGUACCAUCUCUCAGCCACAAACAUCUGACAGUGAUGCUUCUGUGUAUCACAAACUUAAUGAGACAGUGACAAGUGGUUCACCGGCAACAAAAGAUUACUCCACAACUAAAUAUUCACAAAAUAAUCUGUCAGCAUAUGAAAAUGGUGAGUCAAAUGAUGAUAUUCUCAAGCAAAUAAUGUCUGAAUCCAAUAUGUCUGAUCUUUUUGUGCCAGGUCCUGCUCCUCAGCCGUUGUUCCAAAACAUUUGUGCUCCCUUGGCAGUUAGUGAGCAUUUACAAGGUACCUCAGUCAUACAACAUACAGAAAAUGUCCAGGUGAAGCCAAAAGGUAACGCAUAUACCUCAGGCCACUGUCCUCGAACUGGUAUUAAUAGAUUUGCUAGAAGUGAAUUCUCUGACCUGGUUCUUUCACACUCCCUCACUGACAAUCCUUCCACUACUGACACAGGUGGUGCAUGCACAAACAGAACACCUGGGGGAAUCAUUCAAAGCGAAGAAUACCACUUUAAGGCAUCUACUGCAACACCAGAUGCAGGUACAAACUCAGUAAUGUUACCUGAUGGUCAGCUAAGUCAAGCAGCAACAGGCUGCAAGCAGAAUCAAAUGAUUCCCAAGGAGAAAGAUAUCAAAAAGAGGCUGCGUGAGCAGAUUUUAGCUGGUGACUUUCAACGAAGAAACGUUUGUCCUUUUGGUAAUGCUGACAUAAAAUUCAGUCCAAGAGCCACGGGACCUGAAACAAGUCCUUCCAAAGACUGUGACUUGCAGCAGUUUCUUCAUGAUGUUGAUGUUGAUUCUGUGAUUAAAGGGAAUUCUGUGGUUCCCCCCGGAUCCUCUGAUGAGCUUAAACAACUACUCAACACGCAGAGCUUUACUUGCUUUAGAGAGAGACACAUGGUUCAUCAGGAGUUACCCAGCCCUGCAAUUAUUCCACCAAGUGAUUUUGAUCCUACUGAAAAUGAUCCAGAUCCCAACAGCCAACAGCAGUGUCUGACAGAGAUCCAGUUGGCAUUUGAAAGGCUUAAUUUAGUCAGAGAAAAGUUUCACCACUCGUCAGCUUUUUUAAAAGAAAACAACACUUGUAAAGUCAAUCAGACUUCAUCUUCCAAAGUGAAGUCCCAAGUUUUAGAUCCACCAGUUUCUGUCAAACCAUUUGCCUGUGAGAUUUGCCCCUUCAGUUCUGUGUCCUGUGAAUCACUGUGGAAACAUUUCUCCAAAGAACACAACUACACACACGACAUGGUUAAUGAUGUCAAAAGAAAGUUAGGACUAUAUGCUCCUUUCAAGUGUCAAAAGUGCGUAAAGGCUUUCACUCGGAACUCAAACCUUCGUCAUCACUAUCUGUCUGUCCACAAAUUAUCAUGUGAGGAAAUAGCAAAAUAUGAUAUGCAGCGCAGGAAAGCUCAAACAGCUGCAACUUCUUUUCCAAAGCAGCGGGUCGGUAAAAAUUCUCAAGCCUCUCAUUCAUCCAGAAAAAACAGGGCACCUCUGUAUCCUCCCCCUACUGAUAAAGGCAUGAAUAAUCCUAAAUCUCUAUGUGACAGCCACUGCUCAGUCAUUCGUCUCAUGCACAACCCGGGACUGAUCCCAUCGGGUCAGGGACAGUCUACCACAAUGGGAUCCCCGUCAGUACAAGCAGGGAUGUCCACAGAUCAUUGGCUGCAACAGCAAAGGAACUUCUCUCAGGUGCACAAUCAACAGUUUCCCUCAAUUCAGAGUUUUUCUGCCACACCUCAGAAUACAGUCCCAAUACCUCCAAAAAAAGAGUCUUUGAGUAGGCAAGUUCAACCAAAGACAGACAUCACCAAGAAGACUAAAGUAAAGAAAUCAAAAUCAGAAUCCAGCGUCAGUCAGUACAGACCAUAUCGCUGUGUCCAUCAGGGCUGCAUGGCAGCCUUCACCAUCCAACACAACCUGAUCCUCCACUACAGGGCUGUGCACCAGUCUGCUCUGUCAGCACUGGAGGUGAACAAAGAGCAGGAGCAGGCUGAAGAUUCAGAGGAAACAGUGGAAUGUGAUGAAGAAGAGCGGGAGGAAGACUUCCCUCAGCUUACUGAGUUCAGAUGUCAGGCCAAAGACUGCUGCUGUGUUUUCCAGGAAGCUCCCAACCUCUUCCUGCAUUAUCUUCUGUUACACGAGUUCUCUCUGGAUAAAGUAGAAAGUCUCCUAUCUUCCAUCAGAUAUGGCAGGUUUUCUUGUGGUCACCAAGGAUGUACUGAGUCUUUCACAGCAUUCAGGAAAUAUGUAAAACACAUCAAAGAAGAGCAUAAAGAUCUGAACUUGGCUAAAUCUGAAUUAUUCAAAUGUGAGGUUGACGGUUGUACUCGAGCUUAUACCACCAAGUCAAACCUGCUGAGACAUAGCCUGUCAAAGCACUCUGAGWUGCACCCAGAGAAUCUAAAAGUCCAAGUGGUAAAAUACAAAGACACAAAGCAUAACUCCAAAUCUUUGCAUUACCAAAUUACUAAGACAAGCGAUGGAAAAGAAAACAUUGAGAACAACAAAAAGGUUCCUCUGAGAGUAAAUCACAGAAAGAGGGUGAACAAGUCAAGGAGCAAACAUUGGCUUAAAUAUGGAAAACCUUCUCUGAAAUCUAAAGUGGAUGCAAUCGCUUUAUGCACAAAGAAGUUUCCUCUGCAAUACCCGUGUAUGAUCAAAAGUUGUACGUCAGUCAUGAAAUCUGAGCGGGACAUACUGAAGCAUUACAUCGGACAUGGACUAUCAGAGAAAUACCUAGAGCAGCACCGGAGUCACUUCAUCUUCUGUAAAAAGUUCCCCCGGCUAAAAUGUCGUUCCAUCAGGAGUGACGACUCCAAAUCGGACAACGCUUCUGAUCUGUCGGACAACGAAACGGCAUCAGACCCAGUUCUGGAGGGAGGAGAUCGUGAUGGUUCCAAACCAGUCCUGCGCAGACGGAUCCCAGUAGGGAUGCCUAUAGUCCUGUUAGACUCCAAGUUACCCACCGAUCAUCACCCCCAUAGCUCUCUGACGUUAAAACGCAAACGAGGACGCCCGAGAAAACUCAUCGACAAAAUAGUUAAACGUAAAAAACUUCUACAUCCAAGAAAAGUCCACGCGGUUCACUGUAAAGAGGAACCCAAGCCCCCUGAGCCCUCUGUUGUCCCUGAGAGGACGGAUGAGAGCGCCCCACUGGCAUCGUUCAAACCCAUGGGCUUUGAAAUGUCUUUCUUAAAAUUCCUCGAGCAGUCUAACAAACCUGAACUCGGCUUGGUGCCAUCAGUUACCAGAACAGAAAAAGGAAAAGCUCAAUCCAAGCUGAAGGCCCAGAACACGUGUGUCAGGUUCAACAACCGUCAGAAUCUAAAAUUCCUGGGAAAGGUUAAGAUCCAUCUGGGCACAGCCUCAGCCCACAUGUUGAAGCAGCUGCAGGACAUGCGCCCUACAGUGGUGUUAGAAAAAUAUUAUUAGAUCCCAGACUGUCUUGGUGGGGGCGGGGCUUAUUUUUGAUUUGAUGAGGACUUUAAUGAGUAAAAUCUGCCGUUGACUGCCACCUGWCAUAAAAUGUUUAGAUCACACUUGUGUAUAAAAUGUUUCUCAGUUCCACUGUAAUAUCUGUAAAUGCCUUUCAUUUUUAUAUAGUACAAUGUAAAGCAUGUUUAAAUAAGCUUUGUUUUUUUUUUGUUUUUUUGUUUUGUUGUUUUUUUCCCAACGUAAUGAACUGAUAGUCAUGAUGAUCCCUGCAGGACACAACGGGGCUGAAUUGAUGUGUAGUUUGUGAAAAUGUUAAUUGUCUGUUUAAAAUCAGCCACCAGCAAUUUUAUUAUUUAACAGUUUUAGUUUUCUUUAGUCAGUUUUUUUUAUAUAUAUAACACUGUCAUUCAGGCAAUUUUUUUAGAUGGUUCAAAGUUUGGAGCUGUUGCAUGUGAAAAGAACAAAUGAUUUUGUUAAAUUUUUUUGAAUUAAACUCUACAAAUGAAAAGUA